GGUGUAGGAAAGUCCGCCAUCGCAGAAGGCCUCGCGCAGCGUAUCGUCAACCGCGAUGUUCCCGCUUCGCUCCUCGGGCGCCUCUACUCGCUCGACAUGGGUGCGCUGAUGGCCGGCGCGAAGUCAAAAGGCGAGUACGAGGAGCACAUCAAAGCCGUCCUCAACGAAGUCGAGAAGGCCGCUUCACCUCAUCAUGGCUCGGAGGGCGGGCGCACGGACACUGCGAACCUGUUCAAGCCCCUCCUCGCGCGUGGCAAGCUUCGGUGCAUCGGCGCGACGACCCUAGCGGAGUACAGGCAAUACAUCGAGAAGGACCCGGCGCUCGAGCGGCGGUUCGCGCAGGUGCUCAUCAACGAGCCGUCCGUUCCUGAGACGACCAGUACUCUCCGGGGUGUACGUGAGAAGUACACCACG